CCCGCCUCGGUGCCCGCCCCCGCUGCUUGGACUCCAUUUCCCGAGGAGCCGAGCGGUGGCGCCCGGUGACGGCCAAGGAAGCGCGGCUGGGCUGAGCCGAGCCGUGCCCGAGGCAGGGCUGUGGCCAUGACGGAGGCGGCGGGGCCGAAGUCCAAGCGCAUCCUGGUGACGGGUGGCACCGGUUUGGUGGGCAGAGCCAUCCAGAAGGUGGUGGCAGAUGGAGAGGGGCGGCCGGACGAGGAGUGGCUCUUCGUGUCCUCCAAGGACGCCGACCUAACGAGCGCCGCGGAGACCAAAGCCCUCUUCGAGAAGCACAAACCCACCCACGUCGUCCACCUGGCGGCCAUGGUCGGGGGCCUCUUCAAAAACAUCCGCUGCAACCUGGAUUUCUGGAGGAGAAACGUCCACAUCAACGACAACGUCCUGCACUCAGCCUACGAGUGCGGGGUGCAGAAGGUGGUCUCCUGCCUCUCCACCUGCAUCUUCCCGGACAAAACGACGUACCCCAUCGACGAGACCAUGAUCCACAACGGGCCACCCCACAGCUCCAACUUCGGCUACUCCUACGCCAAGAGGAUGAUCGACGUCCAGAAUAGGGGUUAUUUCGAGCAGCACGGCUGCCGCUUCACCGCCGUCAUCCCCACCAACAUCUUCGGGCCCCACGACAACUUCAACAUCGAGGACGGCCACGUGCUGCCGGGGCUCAUCCACAAGGUGUACCUGGCCAAAGAAUCGGGCUCUGCUUUGACCGUUUGGGGCACAGGGAAGCCCCGCAGGCAGUUUAUUUACUCUCUGGAUUUGGCCCGGCUCUUCCUUUGGGUGCUGCGGGAAUACGAGGAGGUGGAGCCCAUCAUCUUGUCAGGUGAGAAGGAAAGGGGAAAAAAAAUAAUAAAAAUAAAAAUAAUAAUUAAAAAAAAAAGCCUCAGUUUUCCCCGUUCUCCCCAGUGGGCGAAGAGGAUGAGGUCUCCAUCAAGGAGGCGGCGGAUGCCAUCGUGGAGGCCAUGGACUUCAAAGGAGAGCUCAUCUUUGACACCACCAAGGCGGACGGGCAGUUCAAGAAGACAGCCAGCAACGCCAAGCUCCGGCGCUACCUCCCCGGCUUCCAGUUCACCCCCUUUAAACAAGCCGUGCAGGAGACGUGCGCCUGGUUCAGCGCCAACUACGGCAGCGCGAGGAAGUGAGGGAGCGGCGCUCUCGGCAUCCUCUUCCACUCAGGGUUGUCCCCUGCUGGGGCAGGGGACGGGGUUUUUGGGGGGGGUGACGGUGACAUUUCCAAAGCCAGAGGGGGACCAGGGUGCUGGUUAGGCUUGAGGGUGAGCAGGGAAGAGUGGAAAAAAAAUAAUCAAAAAGUAGCAUUUUAGGUAGAAAAGCCGAAGGAAAAAGACCUCGUGCUCGGGUAGGGGGAGGAUUGGGGACCCCAAAAGUGCUGGUGGACCCCAAAUGGGGCAGUAGCAGCCACCCGUUGGCCGUGUUCCUCCCCCAGGGCAGAGGCUGGAAGCUGCUGCUAAUUAGCUGCUGCUAAUUACGUGUAAUUAGGCUGUAAUAAAGCUGAUGGGGGCUGUUCCUGCAGCACAGGCGCAUGGGGCAAGCGCAACGGGGUGGGGACGGCCCCAUAGCUCCCAGCGACUCUUAGGGGGGAAAGGAACCAAAAUAGGGAAAAUAAAUAGCUAUAAAUAAAA